UACGUUCCGAGUUGUUGACUGGUUGCAUCACGCGCUUCUAUGUGCAAUUCAAAUAAUUAAAGAUUAAUCUGUUAAUUUUAACCGAUAUUGAUCUUAAAUAGUGCUAAUUGCCUGCCGCUUGGUGUCCUCCGCGAUCCAAAUAUGCUUACCGUCCUUCGUUUGUGCCCUCCGGCACGAUUUUCGAUUGCUAAAGGUUCACAACUUUUUCACCAGUCACCGAUUACAUGCACCGCUAGGCUGGUGCGACAUAGUUCCACAAAAUCAUCACCAGAACAAGCGGGCAAUGUCGACAAAGUGCAACCAGUGGUACAGUCUCCGGCAGCGGGUUCUGCUGAAGGCAGCUGGAAUCCCAUCUUCCACUUUCCAGGAAUUGUACUCACAGCAUCAGUGAAACGGCUUAAACUGUAUCCUGUUGGAGUCACUGGUGCCACCGUUCCCAUAUGCUUGGGAUUGGCGUAUGCGGACAUACUCAGUGUCACCGCAGCUCAGAUUUGCGGAUCCAUUGGACUCACAUCCACAUUGACGUUGCUCUUGUUCAGCUAUCUGACCAACAAUCUGGUCGGUUACGUCUACACCGAUGAGGACUGCAAACGGGUGAAGAUUUCAUUUGUGGACUUCCACGGUAAACGACAGGAUCGGAUAUACUCGAUCGACGACAUUGUGCCGAGGUCGGAAUUGGGACGAUCGUUGUUGAAAUUCUAUUUCCCAGUCAAAAAUCACGAUAACGGUGACGUGUACCGUCUCAUACACAAAUACGGUGAAGUUUACAACGAGCAAGCUUUCAAUAAGGUGUUCGGAAGGGAUUAGCUGCGUUUUGUUAGUGGGUAAGUAAACUUUGUUUUUGAUCUUCAAA